AUUCAUGUCCACCAACUCAGAAUUCCCCCAAAAUCCAAAAUUUCCUCACUAAAUUUCAUUCCACAAAAUAUACAAUUCCAUGUUUCUUUAUAUUUAUACGUAUAUCUGAUACUGUAUAUAUAUAAUUUUUUUUGUUGCAAAGUUUGAGUGACGAUGAGCCGGCCGGCGGUACACCCAGUGGAACCGCCGCCAAUGAUAGAUGGCAGAAAUGACGCGCCGCCGCCAAGACGGGUGAGAAUGAAAGACGUACAAGGGAUGCCCGGUACGCCAGCCGGGCUCAUCCUCCGUGUCCUUCAGUUUAUCUUCGCCGUCAUUUCACUUUCCGUCAUGUCUUCCACCUCCGAUUUCCCCUCCGUCACCUCUUUCCGAUACCUUGUAGGUGCUGUUGGGUUGCAAUGUUUGUGGAGCUUGUCAGCAGCCAUAAUCGAUGUAUAUGCACUUUGUGUCAAAAGAAGCUUGAGGAAUCAUGCAGUUAUUACUGUGUACACUAUCGGUGACGGGGUUACAUCGACACUUACUUUUGCUGCUGCAUGUGCAUGUGCGGGCAUCACAGUUCUUAUCAGCAAUGAUCUUAAUACAUGUGACGUGAAUCAUUGCAAAAGGUUCAUGUCAGCCACUGCUAUGGCAUUUCUAAGUUGGUUCGCUGUAUCUCCGUCUUUUUUCUUGAACUUUUGGUCUUUGGCAUCACAAUGACAGAAAACAGCCAAUCCUCACCAAUCCUUAAUUUUGAUAUGUUUGACAUUUUGAAGGAAUGUAAUCUAUCCGAGGCUGUGAGGUACAGAGUUUUUUUUUUUUUUUUGCUCUUUUGCAGGUUUAACUAACUAAAAUGUCAAAUUUUGUAUGGUUUUGUACCUGUAAUUUAAAUUGGUCAGUCGUCACAA